AUGGGUUGCAAGGACAUGAGAAAGGUGAAGUGGGGGAAGAGGAGGAGGAGGAGGAGAAGGGAAGAGGGUGUGGAGAGGAGGAUGAAGAAGCUGCAGCGGCUGGUUCCUGGCGGCGCCGGAAUGAACCCCGACCGCCUUUUCCUCAAGACGGCCGAGCACAUCUUGCAAUUGAGGUUGCAACUCAAUGUGUUGCAAGCUCUUUCCAAGGUUUUCAAUGUUUGA